UUCCAAUAAUUCAAACAGAAGUCUAUAUUCGAGACGUAAUUAGUGUUGGAAUUGAAAAGUGAAUCAAAAAGUGAUUGACUUUUGUAUGGGAUUUGAAAUUUAAUUUUGAAUCAAACGUUUCGGUCAUUCACUUCAAUUGAUCCCAAGAUAUGGCCCAACAGUUGACACAAACGAUGGCAUCACUCGAGACCACAGAUGGCUGUGAAGACAGACAACAGCCAAACAUUUACGCGAAGAACUCAAUGGACAGAUUCGGUGAUGAUUUGUGUGCACUUCUGUUGUCUUACCUUUCAUUUGAAGAUCGGUUUCUAUUGGAAUGUGUGUCCAAACAGUUCCGGAGGACUGUCUUCGAGAGUGUUGUCUACAUUGAUAUCAACGACAGAUUUAUGCGACAAAUACUUAAAACAAGAAUCACUGAAACGUUGGCCACAAUUGCCAUAAAGUGUCCAAAUAUUCAGACCAUUGACUGCCGAGAAAUGAUAUUUUUAGAGAACAGACCACACAUUCUCGAAAUGUUGUGGUCCUAUUCUGACGUCGAUUACCACCGAUUGUCUGCAUUUGCGGCGCAGAAUCAGUCACUCAAAUAUCUUAACGUUAAUAACAUAUGUGUAUCUGAAGAGACACUGACCGGACUGUCGGUACAGUUGUCACGAUUAACACAAUUACGGCGAUUGAAGCUAUGGUUUGUGAGAACAAGCGAUCAAAUCUCAGUGACCGACUCUUUGCGCACAAUUGGUGUGAAUUGCAAACAAUUGCAUCGAUUGUCACUUCUUUUCCCGCACAUCGAUAGCCAUGCAUUCAAUGGCAAGACAUUAGAUUCGUUACGAUAUUAUCAGCGAUUAAAACGAUUAAAGAUAAGCAUAUAUGAGACCGUCGAUGAGAUAGUGUUGGAUCCGUUGCGACACUGCAAGCAAUUAACGCAUUUAGAGCUCUGUAUUACAAAAAUGACAGCAAAUGUGUUGAGAGAUUUGCACAUAAAGUGUCCGCGACUUCAAUACCUAAUCAUUCGUGGCUUUCAUAACAACGACACCGAGUGUUUGGAUCGCAUCUCAAGACUACCGGCGCUGCAAAUGCUUGUCAUUCACUACAAUAAAGGCAACGAUCUCUCGGAUAAUGAUUUCAAUGAUCUGUUGUCCAGAAGUCCUAAACUAAAGACCAUUAAAACAGUUAAAUGCUAUGACAACUUGAAAUUUUAUUGCCGUCAAAACAAUUGA